CGUGUCAGCGAGCUCAAAGAUUAAUAUCUCCCGAAAAAGACUUCUUUUCGUUGUUCUUCAAAAAAAGAAAAACAUUUAUCGCAAACUUAUGUUUGCUGCAUAAAAAAUGCCUCCGAAGAAAAAGAAAGAAAUUGCGCCACAGGAGGUGAAUCAUGUUGAAUCAGAGCCAGAAAUCGCAGAGACGAUUGAACCCGAGACUACGAAGCCACAGAUAUCUCUACUCACUGGCGAACCUUAUGGCCCUCGAGUGCGUAUUAUCAGCGAAAAAGCCGAAGAGGAGAGCUCCGACGAUGAGCCAGAAUCGGAGGGCGAAGAAGAAGCCAGAUAUCGUCAGGAAGAUCACCCGGAAGUACCUUCCGAGUUCUGGCAUAUACAAAAGCUCAUUAAGUACAUGAAGGCUGGCAAUCAAACCGCCACCAUGGUAUCCUUGUGUCUGCUGAAGGAUUAUGAUCUCACCGACAAGAUCAUACAAAAGGCUGUCCAGGAAAUGGGCGGUCUCGAGGUUUUGGUGAACCUUUUGGAAACGAAUGACAUCAAGUGUCAGAAUGGUUCGCUGUCGGUGCUAUUGCAAAUUGCGACUUCCACGGAGAUGAAGCGAUAUUUGAUCGACUUGGACAUCACGACACCGUUAAUCCAAAUGCUGAAGCAUCCCGCUAGAGAUAUCCAGAUUUUAACCGCAGAAACAUUGGCGAUUAUAGCUCGAGUCAGGAAAGCCAGGAAGCAGAUUCGAAUUCGUGGUGGAAUACCACUCAUACUAGAUGUGAUGGAUGUGCCAAAUGAGAUUCUCCGUCGACCGUAUGACGAAUUGAGUGAGGUCAACAAGGAACUCGUGGCGGUCGCUAUAGGUUGCGCCAAGGUCCUAGAUUCCUUGAGCAGCAGUCCGAAAGUCAAGGAGGAGCUUCGCAAACAUGGCGUUGUCCGUCUUAUGUCACGCUUCCUAAGGUCGAAGCAUACACAGCUGAUCAUACCGACAAUGGGCGUCGUGCAGCAGUGUGCUGAUCUGAACGUUUUCAGAGAAGCAUUUGAGCGCGUGGGCAUGAUCGACGAGCUGGUGCGCCACUUGAGAAACGACAAUGUGAAACUGAAGGAGAAUUGCGCCCUAGCCAUCUUCAAGUGUGCCUCGAAUCGGGAGACCCGAACGAUGGUGCGUAGGUCCGGCGGUCUGGAUCCGCUCUGCAAGCUUGUGCAGAGCGACGAGGUGCGCGUCAACAAGCAGCUACUGGCCGCGGUGACCGGCAGCGUUUGGAAGUGCGCCAUCAGUCCGGAGAACGUAACGAGAUUCAAUCAGAACGGUCUGGUGGCAUCGCUGGUGCCGCUACUUGAAGAGAACGAGGACGAGCGGGUGUUGGCCAACGUCGUGGGCGCUCUCGCCGAAUGCUGCAAGGAUCCCGCUAACAGGGACGUCUUGAGAAUUAACGAGGGUCUACCGAAACUGAUCAGAUUGUUGAGCGCCACGUAUCAGCCAUUACUCGAGAACGUGCCGUUGGUGCUGAAAGAGUGCGCCGUCGACGAGAGAUGCAUGGACAUCAUCAACGAUCCGGAGCACCGGCUGGACGGGGUGCGAUUGGUCUGGUCCCUGCUGAAGCAUCCGAGCGACGUGAUCAAACGUAACGCCUGCCUCGCACUGGUGCCCUGCAUCCGGCACGCCAAGGACUCGUCGGAAAUGGUUCGCGCCUUCGUGGGUGGUCUGGAGCUCACGGUCAGCCUCCUGGAGAGCAAGGACACGGAGGUGCUCGCCGCGGUCUGCGCCAUGAUCGCGGAGAUCGCCGCCGAUCCCGAGAAUCUGGGCAUCCUGACGGAUCACGGGGUCGUGAGGAAAUUGGCCGCCCUCGUGGAAACUGACGACGAAAAUUUGCGGGCAAAUCUAACGUUAGCGAUAGCUUAUUGCUGCGAGUGGGAUCGAAAUAGUUACGAAUUUGGCAAACUAAACGCCGUUGCACCGCUUGUUAAUUAUAUGAGUAGCAAGAACAAGGACGUAUUAAAGGGUGUCUGCAUCGCCGUAUACCAUUUGAGCAAGGAGCCCUUAAAUUGCGUGACCAUGCACACCUGCGGCGUUAUUAAGCACGUAUUGCGCCUGGUGGGUUCGGACGAUCCGGAAGUGCAGAUCGCAGCUGCGUCCACAAUUCGUCACAUAAGAAAACUCGCAUUGACAGCGGAGAAAUUCCACUUCAAAGAAAUGAGCACAUUACAGGAAACUGAUUUUCGUCUAUGAAUGACAUUAGUUAUCAAUAUAAAAGACAAUAUUAGGAAGAGAAAAA